AUGCAGCGUAAAACACUGGUAAACAUGUUCAUGCUCGUUUAUCUUACCACCGUCAAGGUCGAAUGCAUGAAGUUGGUGCUCUACAGCACCCGUGGUGUCACCCGCGAAUUCAAUAUUGAUGCGGCAGUGCAGCGGUGCUACAACAUCUACGACUGCUUCAAAGGACCGAGCGUGUCGGCAACAUGGAACGGCGCAAAAAGCCACACGAAUGUGGUCUUUUACAGCAACGCGAAUUGCCAGGAAGACAAGGCUGUUGGAAAGGGGACUCCGGAAGGUGCUCUUUACUUCUCCGAUGCCAAAUUUACCCAAACUGUGGCUGCGUUCAUGAUUUGGGAGAGCGGCCAGUAUGCUACUGGUGGCAUUGAAGACGCAUGCUAUCUGGACGAGCAUUCUGCGAUGAACGCUACCAUCAUUUUAUAG